ACCGCGUUUCACUCACCGAAGUGAACUCGGAGCUAAGCGGGACUACGCGUGAGCUCUGCAUUAUUUUCGAGCGACUUUUGCGUAAUAUGUGGCGAAUUUACGUGUUUGUUUUUGUGAAUCACUAUUUCAUAUCUUAAGGUGAAGGAUUAUUCAUUAUCUAUGGGGAUUCACCGAUCUUUGAAGGUUAUGGUAUCAGGCUAUAGUGCUGUGGUUUUCAUCACUUUGUUCACUUGGACAGUGGCCGCCAUUUGUGAACAGGGUAAAACUUUCCACCACGCCGACCUUCAACAAUGCGUGAACUGCACCGUAUGCAAAGAGGGCGAAGUUGUGAUACGUCCAUGCGAAAUACACAGGGACACCCAUUGCGGAGUCCUCAAUCUCAGGGACAUAUUGAAGUUCGUCACCCCGGAACCGACGGUUUCGCAGAACCCUCACAGGCAUCACAAGCACCGGAAUCACAAUCAUAAGGACCGCAGCGAACAAGCCAACUGGAAAUAUCCAGAUGGAGACGUUAGGACUGACUACCUCUUGUACGAACAAACUGUGGAGCCUGAGAAGGUAGCACCGUUUGUGUCCAGUACAGAGAUGCCGUUUUCCAGCGCCGAGACCAUUGUGUGGGACUGGCAGGCCAUAGCCUUAUCGUCGGCAGUUUUCACGUGCAUACUGUUUUUUCUUGUGAUAACCCUCUAUUCUUUGCAUCAGGCGAAGCAAUGGAGGAGGCUUAAGGAAACUUUCGAAGCUGACGUCGAAGAAUUAUCAGCCAGCCUGAUGGCAGCAGCGGGAGCUCAAGCAAAAAGCAGUGACGUUGAAAAGGGCGAGGACCAUCUGUCUCAAUCGACAAAGUCAAAGAUGGGUUCAGAAGGGAACUACCUCAACAGAUGUGUAUAUCUGGAACAACUGCUUAACGUACGGAAGGACAACAAAAAUCGAGAUUCCAGAGUGGGUGGAAACGUCUACAUCGCUCCUAAGAUAUCGCUGAACACAAAACCGUAAUUCCGGAAGUCAACUUGAGAGACACUAGAGCAAAAGGAACUAAAACCCUCUUGAGGAUGACAGAUAUAAGAGAGCUCCAUUGAUCUUCCGUCAAUUCAACAAUCUUAGUUGCUUUUCGUAAGGAAAGAGCAAAAAUAUCUGAUUGUUUAUGUAUCUGAUUGUGUAUUUCAUCCUAAGUUUUCAUCCCUGAUCGUUCGUGAUCAAUUGAAAUUUCAACAAAUGAAAAAUAUUAAUACUGUUUUUGUAUUUUUGCAGUAAUAUUUAUAAUAGUAUGUACCUAUUGAACAUAUCUUUCACGCAUUUGGAAUUCAACAUAUCCAUAAUUUUUACGUAACGCUUUGCGUUUCGCAUAAGAAGAAUGCAAUUCACUUUUCAAUUUAUUGAAAUUUUGUGUAUCAACAUUGAGUAUAUAUCAAUACUCAGUGGUAUUAAGUAUUAUAAUACCCAAUAGUAAUAUUACUGCUUCUGCUAUAAAAUAUCUACUACGUACCUUCAUCAUUGCAGUUUAUAAUUUACAAUAGUUAUAUCUAGACAACAAGUAAGUUAGAAGAAAACAUUUUCGAGUGAUUGAUAUCGAUAAAUCAAGAACUCAAUGAGUUCUGGUUUCCAAUCUCCAAAUGGGAAUUUAUGAGUACAUUUUCGAACUCUCCAGAUUUGUGAAAGAGCGGAAUCAAUCAAAUUAAAUAAAGAAAUCAACAAAAGAAUUUAUCGAAAAUCAUUUGAAAUUUAAAUUUUCUUUGCCUCAAUGUAAACUAUAGUAAUAAUCCUGGAAUUGUAGCUUAGAAGCUGGAUUAUUCCAAAAAAUCAGUUGAUAUGUUGUAUGUUAGGGAAAAAAUCGUCUAUGUGGGACAAUAAAAUGCCAUAUGUUACUUAUAUGUUUCAUACUAUGUUUUAUCCACAAUGACGAUUAUGUAUUAUUUCGAAAGAAGUAUUAUUUAUUUGUAUAUUUUCAAAGUUUGUAUGUAUAGAUUUUCUUCGUUAUAAAGUGUACAUAAUAUUUAUUUAAAGAAUUACUGGAAAUUUUAUUUUGUACAAAUCAUUUAAUUUUACAUCAUAGGUAUAAUAAUAUAGAUAGUGCUAUCUAAAAAAUCCAGUUUAAGAUCCCAUAUUUUCAAUGAUAUAGGACCAUAAUUUCCAAUUUUUAGGAAGCACCGUCCUCGAUUUAAUUUUAUUUAUUUUAAUUAGGUAGAUCUAAAAUUAGAAACUUGUCUGGCAGCCAACUCGAUGUGUAUAUAUACUGAAUAAAAAUAAAAAAUAAGAAAACAUAA